CUUCUUCCGCGAUGCCGCCGGCCGUGGAAGCCGGGCCGGCUCGCCUGGUCCGCUCGGCCCAGAAGGACGAGCUCUACCGGGGAGCGCUGAAGAACCGGGCCGGCGCCGUCUUGUCUGGCCUGGCGGGUGCUAAAAUCUGGCUAGAAUGGCAGAAAGAGAUGGAGCUCCUGGCUGACAUUGCCUAUUUCACCCUUACUACCCUGUCAGGUUAUCAAACUCUUGGUGAAGAAUAUGUCAACGUUAUCCAAGUAGACCCCUCUAAGGGGAAGGUCCCUUCGCUGAGACGCCGGGCCCUUCUGAUUGCUCUGCACACCGUCUUGCCUUACUUGUUAGACAAGGGACUAGUCCUGCUUGAGCAGGAGCUUGAGGCAGCCUCCAACGGAUCACAGACUCUGCACACCCGAAAUUUAAGUGGAUUGCAAAGCCGGGCGUUACUCCGAAGCUGGUUGCGGAAACAAGUCAGGCGAUUAAGCGAGUGGCAGAGAACGUUUCUUGCUCGGGCUGUUCAAAUCGUCAAGCCAAGCCUCCCGUUUCUCCGUAGAUUGCACUUAGCUGUUUUUUAUAUGAACGGCAUCUUCUACCAUUUAUCUAAAAGGACAACAGGGAUCACAUACUUACGCUCUGUUGGAUUCCCCGCAGAUGACCACAGCAUUCGGUCGAGUUACAAGCUGCUUGGAAUCGUUUCCUUCCUGCAUCUGGGGCUGACCCUUGGCCUCUACGCGUACAACCUCCGACAUCGGCAGAGGGCAAGAAAAGAAUGGAAGCUACUCCGCAACCUCUCCUGUCAGACAAGCCAACCCAAAGAGAAAAUUCCUGGCCGCAGUGCGCGUUGCACACUCUGCUUAGGAGAGCGCCGGCAUGCCACAGCCACACCGUGUGGGCACCUCUUCUGCUGGGAAUGCAUCGCUGCCUGGUGCAACACCAAGGCUGAGUGUCCUCUGUGUAGAGAGAAAUUUCAGCCCCAAAAACUUAUUUACCUUCGACACUUCCGGUAAAUGGAAUUGCGAACUGCCACCAGUCAACGCAAACGCAAGCUUCGAACGAGUGCGGGAUUUUAUUUUGAUAUUAAAUUGUUGCGAUCUAAAUGG